AUGGAGUUCCCUGGACCCAACAACAAUGGCAUUGCGGUAUUAUCCAGCGCAUUUGCUUCCUCCAUGGCCAUUGGUGUCUUCUUAAACGCAAUAUUUCUGAGCCUGCUAAACAACACCCACUGCGUUUAUAGCCUCUACAUAACCUUAAUAAUCCUGUCUUCUUUCCUUAUGGCACACUCUAUUCUCAUCGGUACAUAUGGAGCCUAUACCGGUUUCGAAUGGAUCCUCCGCUACUACUUGCGUACCCUGUUUAUACUCAUGAUCUUCAUGUAUGCCAUAACCAUCUUCACUAUCUCGGUCACUGUCAGGAGCCCCGGAGUCGCAGUUCCCGGCCAGGGCUAUAUGGUUGGAAAUCACCAUAGUUGGCUAAAGACAAGAGUAAACGACGAUUGGAACAAGAUUACUAGUUUCAUUCAACAAAACAAGAUUUGUGAUCAUAACCAUAAUGGAACCAUUAUUAUCCAUGCUAACCUAUCCUCUAUACAGUCCAAUUGUUGCAACCUGUCAAACGAUUGUUCAAAUUCAUCUUCCACAAAUCCUGAUUGCACUAAGUGGAGUAGUGACGAGAAAGUGUUGUGUUAUGGUUGCGAGUCUUGUAAGAUUGCAUGGGCGAAUAGCAUAAGGCCGAUUUUGACGAGGGUGGCAGGCAUCGACUCUGCACUUCUUGUCCUUGUCGUUAUCGGAAAUAUAGUUCUCUACCAAAACGUUCACGUACCUGAGCGUACUCCGCGUGUGCCAAGAAAUGAAACUCCAAGUGUGCCAACGAGUGUGCCAACAAAUGAAGGAUAG